UUGAUUGUGCUGCUGUCCCCAUUGCAGAACAGGCUCUGCUUGGUUUGCAGCUGGGGAGGUUUGAGGCUUGGAGUGGCUGUCGUCCCCAAAGAUGACAUUCGUCACAGCUCCAACUCCACCUACACCGCCAGAAGCAGCUCUCUCCAAGCCGACCAGGAGGCCCUGCUGGACAAGCUGCUGGACCCCCCGACCCCCAGCCUGCAGAGGCCCGAGGACCGUUUCCAUGGCACCUAUAUAAUCUUCUUCAGCCUGGGCAUGGGAAGUCUGCUGCCGUGGAACUUCUUUGUUACCGCCAAGGAAUACUGGAUGUUCAAACUGCGCAACUGCUCCAGCGCGGCCACCAGGCCCGACCCUGAGGACUCAGACAUCCUGAACUAUUUUGAGAGCUACCUGGCCAUCGCCUCCACCGUACCCUCCCUCCUGUGCCUCGUGGCCAACUUCCUGCUUGUCAACAGGAUUCCAGUGCGCAUCCGUGUCCUGGCCUCGCUGACGGUCUCACUGACUGUCUUUGUGGUGAUGACGGUGCUGGUAAAAGUGGACACCUCCUCCUGGACCCGUGGCUUCUUCACUGUCACCAUUGUCUGCAUGGCCAUCGUCAGUGGUGCCUCUGUGGUCUUCAACAGCAGUGUCUACGGCAUGACUGGCUCCUUCCCCAUGAGAAAUUCCCAAGCGCUGAUCUCAGGAGGAGCCAUGGGAGGGACCGUGAGCGCCGUGGCCGCACUGGUGGACCUGGCGGCAUCCAGCGACGUGACGGACAGUGCCCUGGCCUUCUUCCUGACCGCAGCUUUCUUCCUGGGGCUCUGCAUUGGGCUCUACCUGCUGCUGCCCAGACUGGAAUAUGCCAGGUACUACCUGAGGCCUGUGUCCCCAGCCCAUGUGUUUUCGGGUGAAGAGGAGCUGCCCCCAGACCCCACAAGCAGCCCUUUGGUGGCACCUGUGUCCAGAGUCCUCCCAACCCCACCCCUGCGCCCCAUCCUGCGCAAGACUGCGGGCCUGGGCUUCUGCACCAUCUACCUUUUCUUCAUCACCAGCCUCAUCUUUCCUGCCAUCUCCACCAACAUCCAGUCCGUUCACCAGGGCUCCGGCUCGCCCUGGACCACCAAGUUCUUCGUGCCCCUUACCACCUUCCUCCUGUACAACUUUGCAGACCUGUGCGGCCGGCAGAUCACGGCCUGGAUCCAGAUGCCGGGGCCCAGAAGUAAGGCGCUGCUUGGACUGGUACUCCUGCGGACCGGCCUUGUGCCCCUGUUUGUGUUCUGUAACUACCAGCCACGCAGGCAUUUGAGCACUGUGCUUUUCAUGUCGGACAUCUACCCCGUGUUCUUCACCUGCCUGUUGGGGCUCAGCAACGGCUACCUCAGCACCCUGGUUCUCAUGUACGGGCCCAAAAUUGUGGCCAGGGAGCUGGCUGAGGCCACGGGCGUGGUCAUGUCCUUGUACCUGAUUCUGGGCUUGAUGCUGGGCUCAGCAGGCUCAGCCCUGCUGGAACACCUCAUCUAGGGGCAGGACACUUCACAUACCAAUGCUGCUCUGUGUCCUGCAGCCCCCAGAAGUGGCCAGCAGGGAGGGCUGUGGGCUCAGGUGAUGUGGAGGCAGGGACUGGAAUCUCACUGUGCACAAAGCAGGGCACACUCUAACCUCAUCUCUCCAAGAUGCACAUCCAAGCCUGGAAGUGCAAGGCACAGACAUUUUCAACCCCCUCACAGAACAUUCCAGAGACAACUGAAGAAGACACAGUUCAAAGUGGAAGUGGUCACCCUCCCAGUUGCUGGUGAGCAUCUCUCCCUGCCUCCUCAUCCUCAGUGGCGCUUGACCUUGGCUUGCUGGAAGGCUGGCACCAGAAGCCAGUUGCAGCCUCUUUCUGGUCUUCCAGCCUCGCUCCAUCCAGCUAACAGCAAGAAGGGAGAGAUUGCCCAGCCUUCCCCACCCUGGCAGCCAUGAAGGUUCCAUGGGAUGGCCUGUCCUUGGACACCAAGCCCACACAGACCCCUAAUUCUCCAGGUGAGAUGGCACCCACCAGCUGGACUGGAAAACCCAUGAAGGCAGGCCUGUCCCAAGUCUUCCACAGCCUUGCUGGGCUCCCCGAGGGCCGCUCUAUGCUAGGACUAAACCACAAACUUGGGUAUCAAAAGGGAAAAUCAUGAUUGGCCUAUAGUAUGAGGCUUGGGUCAGGGCAAGAUCCUUUAAUGCUCAUACUUAUGACAGAAAAGGAUAUUGGCCUAAGGGCAUAAUAAAUACUAGGG